UCUUUAAUCAUACCUUGACUUAUCGUCUCCGGAUAAAUCAAAACUUCCACGUUAUCCCGAUUAAACACGUAAACCACCAACCCUAAUAUAAUAAUAAUAAUUCCCUUGAUUACAAUCCAAUUCAAUUCCAGGUUGAAGAAGAAGAAGAAGAUGGUGGUGUUGUUGGAGGAUUUAGUGAAAGCAGUUGAAGCGUGGUUAAAGAUAUUAAAAGACCCAUCAUCAGAAGAACCAUAUGUUGACCCGAAUCUUGACCCGGUGUUAUUCGUACCAGGGAUAGCCGGGUCAAUCCUGAAUGCAAAAGAUGCUGCUACCGGUAAAGAAGAACGUGUUUGGGUUCGUAUUUGGGAAGCCGAUCGUGAAUUCCGUGCCAACCUUUGGUGCCAGUUUGAUUCUCAGUCUGGUAAAACUGUGUCUUUGGAUCCUAACAUCAGCAUUGUUGUUCCCGAGGACAGAGAUGGCCUCUACGCAAUUGAUUGCUUGGAUCCUGAUAUGAUCAUUGGGCGUGAUAAUGUAUGCUAUUUCCAUGAGAUGAUAACAGAAUUUACUAGCUGGGGAUACCAAGAAGGAAAAACACUUUUUGGGUUUGGAUAUGAUUUCCGGCAAAGUAACAGACUUAAGGAAACGAUGGAUCGUCUUGCUGCAAAGCUGGAAGCAAUUUAUACUGCUUCUGGUGGGAAAAAGAUAAAUGUGAUUACUCAUUCAAUGGGUGGACUACUUGUCAAAUGUUUUAUGAACCUGCACAAUGAUAUUUUUGAAAAAUAUGUGAAGAGUUGGAUAGCAAUUGCUGCACCAUUUCAGGGUGCGCCUGGGUAUGUGACAUCUACCUUAUUGAAUGGGAUGUCAUUUGUAUCUGGGUGGGAGGCAUACUUCUUCGUGUCCAAGUGGAGUAUGCAUCAGCUGUUGAUUGAAUGUCCAUCCAUAUACGAAUUGAUGGCCUGUCUGGACUACGAAUGGGAACAUGUUCCUCUGUUACAAAUUUGGAAGCAGAUUCAAGAUGGUAAUGGAAACUCUGCUCCUAUGCUUGAGACAUUCACCCCAAUGGAUGCCGUUUCAAUCUUCACUCAAGCUCUUUCAGUUAAUGAGCUGAGCUAUGGUGGAGUGGAUAUCCCUCUGCCAUUCAACAAGGAAAUAUUGCAAUGGGCUAAUAAAACAAGAGAGGUCUUGUCUUCAGCGAAACUUCCACCAACUGUUAAAUUCUAUAAUGUUUAUGGCACUGGUCUUGACACUCCUCAGAGUGUAUGUUACGGGAGUGCGGAUUCACCUGUCCUAGACCUACAGGAACUACCAUUCCUAGAUGCAACUUAUAUUAAUGUUGACGGUGAUGGGACUGUACCUGUAGAAUCUGCGAAGGCUGAUGGGCUGGAUGCAGAAGCUAGGGUUGGCAUUCCAGGCGAACACAGAGGGAUCCUAUGUGACAAGCACCUCUUCCGGAUAGUCAAGCAUUGGCUGAAGGCGGAUCACGAUCCUUUCUACAACCCUGUAAACGAUUACGUAAUCCUACCAACUUUAUUUGAGAUUGAACAGCACAGUGACAACAAGGGCAGAGAAGUAACUUCACUCAAAGAGGAAUGGGAAAUUGUUUCAGAAGAGCAGCAAGAUGAACCUAUGAUCAGUUCUAUAUCUGUAUCUCGUGUAGUUGAUGACCGUUCUUCUGAAGAGGCACGUGCAAAUUUCAUUGUUCACCCACAGAACAAUGGUAAACAGCAUAUUGAAUUGAAUAUAUUGAGUGUUACUGCUGGUGGUAAAUAAAUGAUGAUAUUGCCAGUGGUUGAUUAAUUUGUCAUUCUGGUAUGUAUAUAUUCAAGUGCAUGUAUUGAAUUUAAGUGAAUAAAACAAAAAAUAAAGAGGAAGGAGUGGGGAACUUGGUGUUUAUGUUAUGUAAAUAGUGUUUCGAUGCAAGUGGUUGAACCAGAUUGUGUAAGCUUGUCUUCUCAAGUGCUCUAGUGCUCAAGACAAAGUGUUAAAAUUCAACAGGAAAAUGUUGGGAUGACGAGCGGUUUUCACCCACACUAGAAAAGUGGUGAAAGAUGGUGAAUGGUACAGAGGCAAUCCAUGCGGCGGAGUGCAGAUAUGCCUUGUUGCUUAUGGUCGUUUUACAUCUGAUAUUGUAAUUUGUAAUUAUUUCUCUAAAUGUUCGUUUACAAGAGUUAUAUAAUUGUUAAUCUUUGUAUAAA